CUCCGCAACACCUACCAAACAUUAUGGCGCCAUGUCUUAGAGGGAUUGCUUCGAGGGCAGUCAAACUGCAUCAUAUUACUCCAACACCUUUAUACCGAACCCGACAUAUCCCCAAAGUGUUACCGUCGCAGUCACUUUUCUCGCCGAAAUCAUUCUACGGUCACAGCACAAUCAGCCGGUGCAACUUUUCUUCGAGUAUCCAGCCAUGCGCAAAUCUAGAUACAGUGAUGAAUACCAUUCCCAUCUGCUGCCCCGGAUGCGGUGCCUAUGCGCAAACAAUCGAUCCCGGUGAACUGGGCUUCUACGGCGAGGGCAGGCGGCGGAAGUUUGCUAAGGGUCAGUCAGCACCCAAGGAGGAAGACAAAGAUGCAGGGAAUACCGAGGAAUUGAAGACCGAGGGGGAGGCCGCGGCAGAAAGAAUCGAGAAGGUGCUCCGGGAUGCAGAAGAGAAAGGAUACACGAGGCCUGCGCCUAAACAUGGAGCCAUGCUUGAAAAAGCAGCUAGUACCGCCAGUCGAUACCUCGAAGCGGCCACCUCUCACGCACCAGUUUGCGACAGAUGCCACGACUUAACACACCACAAUAAAGCAGUAUCCGCGCCCUCGCCUACGAUCGACUCCGUUCGAGCAUUCCUCGACAAAUCGCCGUAUAAGCAUAACCGUGUCUACCAUAUCCUUGACGCAGCGGAUUUCCCCAUGUCCGUCAUUCCGAACAUCUACGAGGCUCUCUCGCUCCAGGAGCAGCUCUCGCGAAACCGAAGAGCGACAGACGGCAAGUACCGAGGAAGCAGGAAGUUACCUACGAUAUCGUUCAUUAUAACACGUUCCGAUCUCUUGGCCGCAACGAAAGAUCAGGUAGAUACGAAGAUGGAGUACAUGCGCUCUGUGUUGCGUCAGACAUUGGGGAAAGACGCGGAAGAUGUGCGGUUGGGGAAUGUGCAUAUGAUUAGCGCUCAUCGGGGUUGGUGGACUCAGAAGGUCAAGGAGGAGAUUAAGGACCACGGUCAGGGGAUUUGGGUGGUUGGCAAGGCCAACGUUGGGAAGAGCAGUUUCAUCGAAGCUUGUUUCCCCAAGGACUCGAGGAACCUGGAAAAGAUUACAGAGCUGGUUGAACGCCGUCGUCAGGAAGAAUUAGACGUUGCGAAUCAGAGCCAAGCUCAAACUCCCAUGCUUGAUCCUGACAGCCUUCUACCACCUGCUCCUCGGGAGGACCUUUAUCCUGUUCUUCCAGUGGUGUCAUCUCUACCGGGAACCACGGUAUCGCCCAUCCGUAUCCCGUUUGGCCGCGGAAAGGGCGAGAUGAUUGAUCUGCCUGGACUCGACCGUGGUCAGCUAGAAGACUACGUACGCGACGAGCACAAGCGCGACCUGAUCAUGUCCAAGCGGCCGAAACCGGAUCGUCUUUCUAUCAAAGGAGGCCAGUCGCUCCUUCUUGGUGGCGGACUCAUCAGAAUUACACCGGUAAAUCCAGAAGACGUGUUAAUGGCAGCCUGCUUCGUCCCUCUAGAAACCCACAUCACAAAGACCGAAAAGGCAAUCGAAAUGCAAGCCGAAACACGGCCAUACCGCGGCGAACCCAUCGCCAAGGAAGGUUUCAGUCAAGUAAUCAAAUCCGCCGGAACCUUCGACCUAAAACACGACGUGACAAGAUCUCACCUACCAACUUCGAUCGCCAAAGCUGUGGAAGACAACAAAGCCACAUCGCCUCCCUUACCGUACAAAGUGAUGUCGACCGAUCUUUUGAUCGAAGGCUGUGGAUGGGUCGAGCUCACGGUGCAGGUCCGGGCUAAGACGAUGUCGGCCGAUGCGGAGUCACCAAGGUCCUUGCCCCAGGUCGAGGUUUUCAGUCCGAACGGUCAACACAUUGGAUCGCGGAUGCCGAUUGAGUGUUGGAAAUUCAUUGCUCAGAAGAAGGCAUCUGAUAAGCGUAAGCGAGGGCCUCGUGGUCGGCAGAAUAUCGGUCUGCAGAGGCGGGCUCGGUAGUAUAGUUGGCAUAGGAUAUGAGUUGGAUGUCAUGUCGUUAUGUCGUUAUACGUGUCUUUUUCUGCUGUUCAAUAGCUGUAGCAUAGCGAUUGGUGUUUUAUGUGGGAUAUGCGAUUGUGUACAAUACUCUACUCUUUCUCCUUGCAUGCAUUUAUACUCAAAUGAUCAACGGGAUUUUCUAGGCAUUUCGCUAAUUAUUACUAUUGACAUUUGAGCACAUUUCUCUGUGGAGACCUCUAUAUUAACCUCAUC